CAACUUUCUGACCGCCAUUUUGGUUUGGGACGAGGAAACAACCACUACUACAUGUACUAGCUAGAGCUGCUGCUACUUGUAACUAGCCAGUACAAGCAAUACUGUAUUGUAGUUAUAAGAAGAUGACUUUGGACUCGGACGACGACAGUGACGACGAGCUGCUCAAGGAUUUGUUUGCUGGUAGUAGUAGUUCGCGUCGCAAACAGCGCAAUGAGGAAAAGAAGGUGGCCAAAGGCUUUGAGCUGUUGGAUCAGUGCAUGGCCGACGCCGCUCGGAUCAAAGCCAAAGAUGAUCGGAUUGCCGAAAUCAAGCGCGAAGAGACACAGACAUCCGAGACGGACAUGAUUGCCAAGACGGAAGAAAUGGUGGCCAAUGCCAAGAAGCAACCGACUAGGCACGAAAACAAGGACCACAUGGAAGGAUCACUGGAAGAUUUGGAACAUGUCCUCAGUCGAGCGCGUUGUUUGGAAUUGGGCAAAGCAUUCAACACCAAUUCCGUCGUCACAUUGGGCGCACGACGGACCAUGGUAUUUCAUACUCAACAACAACAACAACAACAAUCGCACAAGAUGUAUUUUUUUGACACGGCCACAACAACACCCACGCAGUAUUUGGUCCAACUCAAAAAAAUUCUGCGACAGUUAGUAUCUUUCAAACAAAAAUCACUGCAGUCUGCAUGGAUUCAGCCGCUCCGCAACAGCACCAAGGAUGUGGGGCUCUUUCAGACCUUUUUGGAGACCCACAUGCUGGCCAAGGCACGGCAACAAGCGGGCUUCUCUCAAAUUCCACAGGAAAUUGUCCGUUGGCUGCUUCAAGUAGCGUGCAGUAGUGACGGCGACGUCGCAACCACAGUGCCCUUUCGAAAUGGAGCCAUGAUCACUCUCCAAGGACUGUUGAGACAAAAUAAACACAUGCAAACAGAAACGAAAGAAAACCUCCGCCCCGCUUGUUUUGAUUUGUCCCAAUUAACAGUGCAACUGCAAUGCUGGGUCUCUACUAUUAUUAGUACUGAUGAAGAAAUCACCAAAGAUGACAACCAAAAUGAUACGGAACCAAUAGCAAAAGAAUACAACCACAAUGCGAGGGGAUUGGAACGCUUGCUCAUUCUUUGGAAUAGUGCAUUUGACUCAGAUCAGGUCUCCACAGAGGGAAAGGAAGUAGCUGCCAAAGAUGCCAUUCAUUGCCUCGCGUUGCUGGUCAAGCUGAGUCUGGACAAGGAGGCUGUCCAUUCUACCGAAACCAACUUUCGUUUGACGCGGCAUUUGCAAACCAUCAUGUCCAAGAUUAUCCAUUUUGUGACUCGACAACUAGAAAAUGAUGAAGCAAGAUUGUCAGCAUGGACCAAGGAUGCUGCCGUGGCCAUCAUGUCGGAAUUGGUCCAGAGCCAACUGGGACCGGGAGAAGAGGAAGCCGAGGACGAUGAUGAUACCAAUGGAUGGUUGUGUCUGGCCCUGGCGUGUCGCAUGCUGCCCACAACAACCAUCAAACGUAAACAACAACAGCAACAAUCAUUGUUAGUGGCACAACUAAAAGCCAGAGUGUGCCUCGAGGCCUUGCGGCACUUGAUUGGACAGGAGUGGGAAGAGCAAGUGUACGAAGCCGUUGCCAAGUACCAAAAGUCUCAAAAAGAUUCUACCGCUAGUUGUGACUUGGUGAGCAAAGCAAAGAAUCAUCUAAAGUGGCUUGUCUUGUGCUCGACGUUGACGGCAUUGGUCAAGCUCAAUGAGACGCCAUCGAAAGACAUGGCAAACGACACGGCAAAAUGUCUUGCCAUUGCUGAAGUUGCUUUAGGACGAUGUCUCGAUGUGGGAAUGGAACUAAUGAAAGCUGCGGAGAAUGACGAAAACCACAAUGACUUGGACGAUGAGGACGACCCAAACACAAAGAAAUCCUACAAUGAAUACCGAACCAAGGACGACGCUCGUGCUGUGGCGACACUGUUGGGAUUUGUCGAGGUGGAAUGCAAUAAACUUUCAACUCUGAUGAAUGCAGGAAUGAUGACACCCCAUUUUCAACGAGUUGGAUACCUGGUGCAAUGCCAUCUCAAAUACAUUAUGGAAGCACAACCCAAUGCGUCCCAUCAUGGUGGCCAAUCUGUCAAGACCGUUGUAGCGAAACAAUCCACGAUGGAUCGAUGGAUCAAAAGGGGCGUGGAUGCAUCCUACGAUGACGACAAUGAUGACGAGUCUGCAGAGAGUCCAUGCAAGAAGCAACGGACGGUCUUGGGAGCAGCAGAAAACAAGCCUUGAGAAGCAGGGCAGAGGGUCGUGUUCUGCUUCGGAACCACUACUAGUCACCUCUAGCAAGCCAGGUAGUAGCAAUAGAUUAAUGCUGUGAAACGUGCUCGAUAUCGUUGGCAAAUCAGUACCACCCACAACGUAGAGAAAACCCCAGGAAGAGCAAAGCUUGUAGUCGUCGGAAGAAGGACGAGACAUCAUCAUUUCAGUCCUCCGGGGUACGGUAUCAUGAGGGCGCACGAUAUCGUCCUAAUUAGAGGUUUCGAAAGAGCAAAUG